CUCAGCACUGAGAAACCACAACUCCAUCAUCUCUAUAUAAACUUAGUACUAUACCAUUUCAUAACGAGUAACAAGUACAUUCAGUUUACUCUGUCCAUUUGUAAACUGUAUCUCAACCUAUAACCCGACAUCCAACACACACCCUGUUUCUCCGCAAGUACUCUCUCCCUGUUUCUCUCUCCCCACUAUGCCUUCCAGACUUUCAGAUGCCUUCAGAGCGUAUCCUGUUGAACUCCAUCAUAAACAAGUCGACUUCAGUUCAGUGAAAGAAUUGCCCGACUCAUAUGCAUGGACAGAACUUGAUGAGCACCCUUCUUCUCACUGUCCUAGCAAAGAGACUUUGCCGGUCAUCGAUCUCAAUGACCCAAAUGCACUAAAGCUAAUAGGCCAUGCAUGCAGAAGUUGGGGCGUAUAUCAAGUCAUAAACCAUGGCAUACCAGAGGAGCUUCUUCAUGAUGUUGAGUGUGCUGCCAAGAAUCUUUUCUCUCUGCCAGUGCCACAAAAGCUCAAGGCAUCUCGUUCCCCAGAAGGCAUCUCAGGUUAUGGAGUCGCACGAAUUUCUGCCUUUUUCUCUAAGCAAAUGUGGUCUGAGGGAUUCACCAUUGUGGGGUCACCAAUGGAACAUGCUCGCCGACUUUGGCCUCAAGAUUACAACGUAUUCUGCGAUGUAAUUGAAGAGUACCAGAAAGAGAUGAAACAGCUAGCAGGAAGGUUGAUGUGGCUUAUGCUUGGCUCUUUGGGGUUGACAAAGGAAGACAUCAAAUGGAGCGGCCCUAAAGGAGAAUUCACAGGGGCAGUUGCUGCUUUGCAAUUGAAUUCUUACCCUGCUUGCCCGGACCCAGACAGGGCAAUGGGUCUUGCCGCUCACACAGACUCUACCCUCCUCACAAUUCUUUAUCAAAAUAACACAAGUGGCUUGCAAGUGCUUAAAGAGGGCAGUGGAUGGAUCACAGUGCCUCCACUUUCCGGUGCACUUGUUGUUAAUGUGGGGGACCUCUUUCACAUAUUAUCAAAUGGCUUAUACCCAAGUGUCCUCCAUCGAGCAAUGGUUAACCGAACAGAGCAGCGGUUAUCAGUUGCCUAUUUAUAUGGACCCCCAAGUUGGGUUCAAGUCUCACCUCUACCAGAACUAAUAGACUGUAAUCAUCCUCCACUUUACAAGCCAGUAACUUGGAGCGAGUACCUUGGGACCAAGGCAAAACAUUUCAACAAAGCGCUGUCAUUAGUUCGGUUAUGUGCCCUCGUAAACGGACUACCUGAUGUAAGUGAUAGUAUCGUGAAAGUCAGCUAAAGUUUUCUAGCUAUUGCCCCUCGAAGUGUGUAUUGGUCGGCCAGAUCAGAGGAACUGAAUUCCUGAGCAUUGUAGUGUGUAAGAUAAAUGAUGAACCAAAUGAGCUCCCUUUAGAAUGACCCAAGGAAAACUUGUGUCAAAUCAUAAAAGCGAGAUGCAAACAAAAAGACAGCUUUUUGCCCAUUUGAAUAUUCAGGUGAAGGACCAACAAAAAGACAGCUUUUUGCCCAGAUAUGAAGGACGAUCCUCCUCCGACGAAAAUGACGAAGAUCAAGAUGAAAAGUGUAGGACCAAUUAUUCAUCAAAUGAAGCUUGGAAGAUGACAAGGGACAAAAGAAGACAAUUACAACUAUUUCUUGCAAAGGGGAACUCGACCAAUGACUUUUUUUAAGCAGAAGUUAACUGAGAAUGUAAGGCCAUGACAUUUGACAGCAAGAGUAACAGAUCAUGACUCUCAUGACUC